UGAAACCAACCAUAAGCUCCUUGUUUCUCCGCUCUAAAGAUAGCCCCGAUUAUUGCUGACUUAAGCAUCAGAGUGUUUACCCCGAGGAUCCACCUCGGGGCUUUGCAGGUCAAUCCAGAGUGCAAAUACGGACUGAAGAAGGAUUUCUGGUUUGGUGGAAUUACAUUUUGGCGCCGUCUGUGGGAAUCUGAACUAAAGGCUCCCUUGUUACUCUUAUCAUGGUUAAAACUAGGUCAGCCCAAGGUGGAAACUUGUCUCAACCUCUUGGACGAGGUCAGGUCCCCAGCAACCUUCCGCCUCAUCCCCCACCCCCAAUCCCAAAUACGUUCCCUCCUGUUGAUGAUCAUGCAGAAAGAGAAGACGAAAAUCAACCACACAAUUCGGUUCACAACUCAGCCUCUACUGCUAACCAAGGCGUAGUUGCAACUCAGCUCACUGCCAUGCAACAGCAGUUUGGUGUCUUUCAGUUAGUACUAGCACAGCUAUUAGCCCGGAAUAAUCCUGGUGAUCCACUCAUCAACCUACUUAAUCCUGCUCCACAACCUCCAGCCCCACCACAAAAUCCUGAACCAGUUCAGCAUGCUCCUGCUAUUAAUAGCUUAGAAAAGCUAGUGGUUGAACAACGAGGUGCCCCACCUCCACACCCUGCUGCUAACUCCGUACCCCACCCUCUCAACACCAAUAUUAUACUGGAACCCUAUCCCGCUGGCUUCAUAAUACCAAAGCUUGAAACUUAUGAUGGGACGAAGGACCCCGAUGAUCAUUUACAUGCUUUCUACUCUUGCAUGCAGGCCCAGAACACCUCUGAUGCGUUGAUGUGCAAAAUCUUUCCCUCUACCCUCCGAGGUAAUGCUCGAACCUGGUACUACAGUCUGCCUCCGAGGUCAAUCAACUCUUACACAGAAAUGGCAUCUACUUUUGCCAAAAAGUUUUCCAGUAGAAGGUUGAUCAGGAAAACCACUUCUGAGCUGAUGCGAGUUAAGCAGAGGGACAGAGAGUCUUUGAAGAAUUUUAUGAGCAAAUUCAAUGAUGCAGUACUGGAGGUUAACUCUUUCGACCAAGCUGUGGGAAUUACAGCUGUGAUCUCAGGUCUUAGCCAUGAGAGAUUCCGAGAUAGUCUGCUCAAACAUCCUGCCAACAACUUCAGCGAGGUAAAUGAUAGAUCGUUGAAAUUCAUAAUUGUUGAGGAAUAUGCCCUGUCGCAGAAUAUAACUCCUAUUAAGAACCAACACCCAGACUGGAGAGAUGAGAAUCCGAACAGGAAACGAAUGAAGACAACACAGAACCGAGGUCCGAUGUCGGCUUCCACCCUGAGAUUCGGAAGGUCGAACUCAGCACCUCCGCAACAACCUACAGGUAAACCUCCCGUUAAUUGGACUCCUUUUAAUUUACCGAGGUCACAAAUCUUUAUGCAGAUUAAGAAUAAGAUGGACUUAAGACGUCCGGGUCCAAUGAGAACUGCUGCUACUACCAGAGACCAUACCAAGUAUUGUGAAUUUCAUCAAGAUCACGGUCAUACAACAGAACAAUGCAAUAGGAACAAGGGACAGCAUCAAGGAGUCUGUAACCCGCCAAACAGGCAAGGUGUGGGAUAUCAGCAAGCCCCACUCCCGCUCCCACCACCAGCUAGAAUUAUACACAUGAUUAUAGGAGGCCUGGAAGCCGGUGGACUGAGCUCUAAACAGAGAAAGUUGUACGUCAGAGAGGUUAAGCAUCCAAAUCACACCAAGAAACGGAAAUUUGAUGAUGCUGACUGGAAGAAUCAACCAAUUACUUUCACAUCUGCUGAUUUUGACACAGUCGUCACGCCUCACAAUGACCCCCUAAUCACUUCUGUCACGAUCAAUAAUUGUGAGGUGCAGCGCGUCCUUGUUGACACAGGGAGUGCACCAGACAUCAUGUACUUCCAUUGUUUUGAAAGUCUUGGGUUGGAUCCAGCUUUGUUGCAGCGGUUCUUGGUAGUCAAGAUGGCAUCCUCGUUCAAUGUUGUCAUUGGUCGACCCACACUGACUGAAAUCCGAGCUGUGGUUUCCCAAUCUCACCUAUGCAUGAAGUUCCCAAUUCCUACGGGAAUAGCAACGCUGCGAGGCAACCAGGAGGUGGCCCGACAUUGCUAUAUCACCUCGGUAACACAACCUCAGAAAGGCAAGGCUCAAACGCCCGAGAUUAAUCCCAAAUGGAUUCCUGAUGAUCGGCAAGUUAUGGGUGUUGAGAUAGUAGAUAACCGACCAGAAGAUGAAACCAGAGCUGCUCCAGUCGAAGAUGUGGAGGAGAAACCAGUAGCCCAGAAGCGAUGCCUCUUCGGGGGGGAGAGGUUAAAGGUUAUUAAAGAAGAAGUCGAGAAACUCCUACAAGCCGGCUUUAUCAGAAGGGUAGAUUACUGUGAAUGGGUCGCCAAUCCGGUGUUGGUGAAAAAAGCGAACGGUAAAUGGCAGAUGUGCAUUGAUUACACUAACCUCAACAAUGCAUGUCCAAAGGACUGUUAUUCGAUGCCAAACAUUGACAAGCUGGUUGAGGCAGCUUCGGGAAAUGUGAGAUUAAGUCUCUUCGAUGCAUACUCAGGCUACCACCAGGUCCCAAUGGCUCCUGAGGAUGAAGAAAAAACCUCGUUCUAUGCUGGCGAUGAGAUUUAUUGCUAUGUAAUGAUGCCCUUCGACUUGAAGAACGCAGGUGCCACUUACCAGAAGAUGGUUACCAUCGUAUUCCGAGCUCAGAUAGGACGGAAUCUGGAAGUUUAUGUUGAUGAUAUAGUGGUAAAGAGUUUGAAAGCUGACGAUCACUUAACCGACCUUGAGGAGACAUUCAACAAUCUCAGACAGAAUAGAAUGAGGUUAAACCCAGCCAAAUGCAUCUUUGGUGUGGAGUUUGGAAAAUUCUUGGGUUUCAUGGUUUCUUGGAAAGGGAUUGAGGUCAACCUAGAGAAGAUCAGAGCAAUUGCCGAGAUGGAACCGCCGAAGUCAGUGAAGGAUAUACAGAGGUUGAUUGGAAGGGUAGCAGCUCUUUAUCGGUUCAUAUCGAAGUCAGCAGAUAAGUGCCUACCGUUUUUCAAAAUUAUGCGCUCACCACCUCUACUGACUAAAGCCAAAGAUGGAGAAAUCCUCUAUUUAUAUCUGGGAAUUUCAGAUGAAGCCAUUAGUUUGGUUCUGGUAAGAGAAGAAGCCAAGCAGCAGAAACCAAUAUAUUAUAUCAGUAGUGUGCUGCAUGGAGCCGAGCUGAGGUACCCUAUAGCUGAGAAAGCAGCCUUAGCAGUUGUCACUUUGGCCAGAAAGUUGAGGCCAUAUUUCCAUUCUCACCCGAUCAUUAUUCUUACAGACCAACCCCUUUGUAGCAAAGGUUCAGGAGCUGGUGCUCUCUUGAUCGGCCCAGAUGGAUACCGAAGUGAACAUGCUUUGAAAUUUAACUUCGAUGCAACAAACAACAUGGCUGAGUUUGAAGCCCUGCUACUUGCUCUGGUGACCGAGCUGAAGUGCAAAUUCCAGAAAUUCUGUCUGAGCAAAAUCCCCCGAACUGAGAAUGAACAGGCAGAUUCACUCUUUAAAUUUGCCUUUGAUAGUUCUUCACAUUCCAGAUCGAUUUUUGUGGAGGUCUUGGAUGAACCAAGCUUCAUGAAGCCACGGGUAAUGGAGAUCAGCACCGACCCAGGCACACCGAGCUGGACUGACCCAAUCCUCUCCUUCUUACGAGACGGGAUAGUACCUGCGGACGGGCAGGAGGCAAUGAAGUUGAGGAGGAAAGCAUCUCGGUAUACACUUGUUGAUGGGGUCCUCUAUAAGCGAUCUUUUUCCCUACCUCUUCUACGGUGCUUGAAUCCCUAUGAAACAGAAUAUGCACUCAGGGAGGUGCAUGAAGGUGUCUGCGGAAGUCACGUGGGUGCUCGAACUUUAGCUCACAAGGUCCUUAGACAGGGUUAUUAUUGGCCUAACAUGUACAAGGAUGCCACUCAGUUCGUACAGAGGUGUCAGAAAUGUCAGUUCUUUGCACAUCUAAUCCAUCAGCCUGUAGAAGAGCUCACUACGUUGGUGGCACCUUGGCCAUUCGCUCAAUGGGGUCUUGACCUUUUAGGCCCAUUUGUGAAGGGGGUAGGAGGUGUAACCCACCUCAUUGUUGGUGUAGAUUAUUUCACAAAAUGGGUUGAAGCUCGGGCAUUAUCUAGUCUCACCUUCAAGAAGGUCGAAGACUUUGUUUUCAGCUCGAUUAUUUGCAGAUAUGGGAUCCCGAAUCAGAUUGUAGUUGAUAAUGGAACUCAGUUCAAUUGCUCCUCAGUCCGAGAUUUCUGUUCCAGUUACGAGAAUAAACUACAGUUCACCUCGGUUUACCAUCCGGAGUCCAACGGCAUGGUCGAAUCUGUUAAUAAGUGCAUCUUAGAAGGUAUAAAGCCGAGGCUGGAACAACACAAGGCCAAAUGGGCAGACGAGCUCAACAACGUCCUCUGGGCAUACAGAACUAUGAGUCGAAUUGCCACAGUCGGUGAAGGCCACGAUUGCGGUUGGCAGCCGGUAGAGUUUGAGGAUGUUCUCAAAGGUGCUGGAGUUGAGGAAGUUGCCAAUGUGUUCCUCCAUCCCGUUGUGAACCAGCAGGUUCACGUUCUUCUUCAGCUCCGCUGCUCCUUUCCUCAUGUUGUCAAUGUAUUUGUCCUGAGCCUCGAGCUUCUCCUCAUAGAUCUUCCUCUUACGUUCUUCGAGGACAAGCUUCGUGCUCAGGACAUCAUUCUCGUUCUGGAGCUCGGUCACUAAAGGGAGAACUUCAUCCAGCCUCCU